AUGCUCGUCGCAAAUGCAUUUCUGAUACACUCUUACGAUAUAAGGGUUCAAAUCGCGGAGAUCCUCGACAAUGAGGACACCUCUGUCUACAAAGCGAAAGCAGCAACUGCCCGACAACAAUACGCCAAGCAGUACAUCGCAGAGACCGGCCGCUUGACUUCAGAUUCACAGACAGCUUACGCUCUAGCCAUUUGCUUCAACUUACUCGCUGAACCUUCUCAGCUGAUAUGGGCAGGCGACCGACUCGCUGAGAUUGUACGAGCCAAUGAGUACUGCGUCGUGACUAUGGGCGCGACAACGAUUUGGGAGCGUUGGGAUAGUAUGCUACCCGAUGGAUCGAUCAAUCCAGGAGACAUGACCAGUUUCAAUCACUAUGCCUACGGUGCAAUAGCUAAAUUCAUGGUGGAGCGCGUCGCAGGUCUGAAGCAAUUGGAACCUGCUUGGACGAGAUGUCGUGUAGAUCCUUGCGUUGGUGGUGGUAUCACAGCUGCGAAGACGUCACAUUUGACACCGCAUGGGAGAGUCUCGGUCUCUUGGAAGGUGGCCGAUGAAGGAGAGGUACAAAUGAACGUUUUCGUACCGCCAUUUACGGAAAUGGAGGUCGUAUUCGGGAAUGGCGACUCUGUCGUUCAAGUCGUGGGACACGGAGAAUGGUCUUUCAAGCGGCAUUUGUAG